AUGGCAGCUGAAGCUGUGCUUACUUUUGCUGCGGAGGGAAUACUGAAGAAGGUGCUUUCACUUGCUCAGAAAGAAUUCAAAUUUGCAUGGGGUUUCAAAGCUGAACUCGAAAAGCUUAAAGAGUCAUUCACUAAAAUUGAACUUUUGUUGAAUAAUGUUGCCGACAAACCACAAGAUCCGUCAAUAGAGGCAUGGUUGAAGAAACUGAAAGACAUAGCCCAUGAUGCUGAGGAUGUCUUCGAUGAACUCGAGUACGAAGGUUCUGAACUUCUUUUCACUCUCCAAUCCACUUGCAUUUCGUCUUCAAUGGCGCCUAAAUUUCAGAAGAUCAAUGCAUCCUUGGUGGAUCUCAAGAGCGAAGCAUCUUUUCUUGGACUAGUUUCCAAGAAUAAAGAUGCAACCUCUCAGGAGAUUAGAUGGGACAGACAAACCAACGCAUUCUUUGGCAAAGAUGAAAUACCCGUUGGAAGGAAAGCUGAUGUGUCAAAAAUAGUCACAACCUUGACCGACUCCAAAUACAAUCAAGAAAAUCUUGCGGUCAUGGCGAUUGUGGGUAUGGGAGGCCUCGGAAAGACAACGUUGGCCAAGUCAGUUUACAAUGAGGAUUCGAUACACAAGUUUUUUGAAAAAAAAAUUUGGAUUUGUGUAUCCGACGCUUUUGACGUCAAUUUCAUCCUACAUCAAAUGUCAGAACAACUUAAUCGGGAAAAAGCCCCUUCUAAAGAUAAUCAGCAUACUCUGCUUUUGUCCCUUGACGAAGAGUUGAAAGAUAAAAAAUACUUACUCGUACUUGAUGACGUUUGGAACGAAGACUCCAAACUAUGGGAGAGUUUCAUGGAAUGUUUGUCAAAGCUUAGUUCUGCUAAAGGAUCCAAAAUUAUUGUCACCACUCGCAAAGAUAAAGUCGCAUCAAUCUCAGAAAAGCUACUUCCGCGACAUGAAUUGGGAAAACUUUCUGUGGAUGAAUGUUGGUCCAUCAUGAAAAAUAGAGCUUUCACCAAUAACAGGGAUCCUGAGUUUGAUACAAUUGGAAGGGAGAUUGCUGAAAAUUGCGGUGGUGUUCCAUUGGUGGCAAAGGUUUUGGGAGGCAUGUUGCGCACUAAAAAAAGCAUUGAAGAAUGGUCGUUGUUUAAAAACAAUAGAAUAUGGAACAACUUACCGAAAGGAGAAGAUGGAAUUAUGCCAGUCCUGAGGUUGAGUUUUGACAAUUUAGAAUCACCAUCAUUGAAGCAAUGUUUUGCAUAUUGCUCAAUGUUCGAGAAAGACUUUGAAAUUGAAAGAGACAACUUGAUUCAACUUUGGAUGGCUCAAGGACUACUCCGUGCUUCGCAUGACGAAAGUAAAGAUAUGGAGGACACAGGCAAUGAGUAUUUUGAUAUUCUAUUGCAGAGCUCCUUGUUUCAAGAUGCUACGAUGGGUGACAAUGGCAUUGUUACCAAAUGCAAGAUGCAUGAUCUUGUGCACGAUUUGGCAGAACUUGUGUCCAAAUCUGAAAGCUUGAUGGGAGACUUAUGUGGCAUAGAUAAUACACUUGAGAUUCGACAUGUUGCUCGGGUUUCUACUUCUACACUGGAAAAUAUUCCAGCAAGAAGUGUUGGGAAAUUGCGGUCACUGUUUUCCGACACAGUGAAGUUCCUGCUAACAUUCUUCCACGGUUCAAAGCUUUACGCGUCUUGA